AUGUCAGAGGUGCUUUACAGGGCCACCAAGUAUAUGAACGCUGAAAACGUGCUGUUGGCCCGAGAAGAGAGGCCCAAGAAAAGAGAAAGGCAAGAAGACACCCGACAGGACCAGGGCCGGAAGAAAGGAAGGGUAGGAGACCGAAGGGAGGAGAGACGCCCUAAGCCCCUAGGGGGAAGAUUCACAAGCUUCACCCUAUUGACCGCCCCAAUAGAUCAAGUCCUAAUGCAAAUCAAGGAUGAGGGGGCUCUGACGUUCCCUGGAAAGCUAAAGAGUGAUCCCAACAAACGAUCUAGGGAUAAAUAUUGCCGCUUCCACCGUGACCAUGGUCACAACACAGCCGAUUGCUACGACUUGAAGCAGCAGAUUGAAGCCCUUAUCAGACAAGAAAAACUGCAAAAGUUCGUCAGCAAGGAGAGAACAGAUCCACCCCCACAAGAACAGCACUCUCAACGAGAGAACGAGCGACCAAGACCCCCCAUAGGGGACAUAAGGAUGAUAGUGGGAGGAACAGCUGCAGUCGGGUCUUCAAAAAAGGCUCACAAAACUUACCUCAGGAUGGUACAAAGUGUUCAGCUGACGGGUACCAUGCCGAAGAUAGCAAGAAAAGAAGGCCCCAUUAUCGGAUUCUCAAAAGAAGAUGCACGACGUCUACACCAUCCACAUGACGAUGCGCUCGUCGUCAGCAUGCGGGUAGAAGACUACAACAUGCACCGGGUGUUGGUCGACAACGGCAGCUCAGCAAAUAUCCUAUAUUAUCCAGCGUUCCAGCAAAGGAGGAUUGAUAAGGAACGAUUAAUUCCGACAAGCACCCCGCUCGUUGGCUUCGAAGGAAGCCGGGUAUUCCCCUUGGGCGCAGUCACAUUAUCCGUGACGGUAGGCGAUUACCCCCAGCAGAUCACCAAGGACGUAACAUUCCUAGUGGUCGAUUGCUCGUCUGCCUACAACGCUAUCCUCGGAUGA